AUGACAAAUUCAGAAAAACAAGCUGAUGAAAUAUUAGCAUUACAAUCAAUUUUUGACAAAAAGUUUCAUUUACUCACUGAAAAUCAAUAUGAAAUAUUAAUUGAAUUUGAUUUACCUACAUCAUUUACAAUACGAUUCAAAGAUAAAAAAUCUAUUAUUCAACAUUUACCACCAUUAUCUCUUAUAAUUAAUUAUCAUGAUGAAUAUCCAAGAGAAGUUUGUGUUUAUGAUUGUAUUGUAUUAAUAAAACAAGAAAUAACUAAUGAAUUUAUUAUUCGUACAAAUUUUGAAGAACAAGAAAAUGAUCCACGAGCAAUAAAUGGUUAUAAUAUUGAAAAUGGUGAAAAAAUUUUUCAAAAUUUAAUUGACUAUAAUCAAAGACGUGAAGAAGAAUUAUUUCGAGAUCAACUUCAAACAUGUUCUAUUUGUACAGAUAUUAUACCAGGUAUAGAUUGUAUUUGUCUUCAUCGUUGUGGACAUUUUUAUUGUCGUUCUUGUUUAAAUCAUUAUAUUCAAAUGAAAUUUGAAAAUGGAAAAUUUGGAGAAAAUCUUCAUUGUUCACAAGAUUAUUGUAAACAAGCUUUACUUCUAACAGAAAUAAGACAAGCUAUUCAAAAUGAAGAAGUAUAUAAAAGAUACGAACGAUUAACAUUACAACAUGGCCUUGAAUCAAUAAAAGAUAUUAUUUAG